AUGGCCGAGGACUUACAUGAAGUUCCACACCAUGAUCUCGAACCGCCUCUUGAUGACCAAGGCGAUGACGAUCAUGAGAUGGACCUCAAUCAAUUCAUGCCUAUGCCAAAUGAUGGCCUUCCAGACGACCCAAUGUUGGCGGCUUUGCAAAGGCAACAACACUUAGCAGAACACCUGGCCAACAAAAACCGAUGGCUAUGGAAGUAUGCCAUAAUGUUACCCACAUUUCUUAGAAGACGUUUGGAAACUUUGAAUUGGGCCAACCAAUUGAAUUGGAAUGAAGACGUCUGCCCGCUGUGGUAA